AACUGCAGCUUUUGCUGUUCCCAGCAGCAGCAGCAACAGCAGCAAUAACAGCAGCAAGAGCUGCAGCAGCAGCUACAGCAGCAACGGCAAAAGAAAUUGUAGCAAUAGCAGCAGCAGCAACAGCCCCAGGAGCAGCAGCACCACCACCACCUACAGCAGCAGCAACAGCAGCAGCAGCAGCACCCCGAACAACAACAGCAGCAGCAGCAGCACCUCCAACAGCAGCAGCAGCAGCAGCACCCCCAACAGCAGCAGCAGCACCACAACCACCACCAGCACCUCUAACACCAGCAGCAGCAGCAGCAGCAGCAGCACUCCCAGCAGUAGCAGCAGCAGCAGCAGCAGCAGCACUCCCAGCAGUAGCAGCAGCAGCAGCAGCAGCAACAGAGUUGAUGUACGUGGUAGCCCCUAG